AUGCAGAGGAAGUCUACUCUCGUUGCAGACCUCAAGCAACCACUGCAGCGCGUGGCUUUCGGUUCAUGCAAUGAUCAAAGCUUUCCGCAGCCUUUGUGGCCUCAUAUUGCCGCGCACGAGCCGCAACUCUGGAUUUGGAUGGGUGAUAUUAUUUACGCCGACAUGAAGGAGCUAGAUGAGCCGCGUCCAUUUGCCAUUCCUCCUCGAAAAAUGUUCGUGGAGGCUCCAGCUGAAGUGUUGAUCCGAAAAUACAACAAAUUGAUGGCUAAUGAGGACUACGCAGCUUUCGUUAGUCGUACGCCGGUCAUUGGUAUUUGGGACGAUCAUGACUAUGGUAUAAAUGAUGGCGGCAAGUUUUACUCUUACCGUGAGCAGAGUCAGCAAGUGUUUCUAGAUUUUAUUGGUGAACCGAAAAACUCGUCGCGACGUCAGCAGCAGGGUAUUUACACAUCGUACACUAUCGGGCUAGGAGAGCAAACUGUUAAAUUUAUCCUUGUGGACAAUCGAUAUAAUCGUGAUAAUUAUGGCACAAAAAGCGGUGAUUUUCUUGGAGAAGCUCAAUGGAAAUGGCUCGAAAAUGAGCUCAUUUCAUCGACGGCAGCUUUUAACGUCAUUGUGUCGGGGGUGCAAAUUCUUCCCGGAGACCGCUAUCCUAUCGCUGAGUGUUGGGAUCGCUUUCCAAAUGAGAGAGAGCGAUUCUUUAAGCUGCUUUUGUCAUCUAAUGCAAAGGGCGUGAUUUUACUCAGUGGCGAUGUGCAUUUUUCUGAGAUAAACCAAGUUGUGUGUUCAAACGGAACAAACACAAUCACUGAAAUCACGAGCAGCGGCUUAACUCACAGUUGGAUGGAAUUUCACAUGCCAUCACUAAAACACAUAAUGGCGCUCGUGUUCACUUACGCCAACCUUUUGCUACCGUGGGAGUUCCGCCCGUCGCAGAAUUCGUUUUACGGUCAUCUAAAUUGGGGGUCGAUUGAAUUUGAUUGGGAAAGUCGACCUCAUCCCGUUGCAACAGUAAAAAUUCGUGGUGCAGAUGAACAGGUGAAACUUCGAUAUGAAUUUGAGUCGAAGAGUUUUCAGUCCGAAGCGCCCGAACAAGAUGCUGGCAAGUGCAAUGCUCCCCGUUUGAUUCCGCGCUGGCAGCGCUUUCUAUGGACGAGCAUAUUCGUGAGCACGGUGGUAGUGUUCUUGCUUCUCAUCCCGGUAAACGCGUUCAUACUGCUGUGGUUAAUUUGGUUUUUCAUCAAAAAGACCAUCUUUUCCAAAGCAGGAAAGAAAAUGGUCGAUGAAACGAAGAAGUCGGUGUGA